AUCCCAGUCCAAUCCAAGCAAGCCCUUAAAAAUAAAUAAGAUGUAGAGCACGAUUUUGUCAAGGUCAUCAAGUCAAGUCAUUACUUGAGAAAAUCACCAGGAGCUUCCUUAAUUUUAAAAAUGCAUACAUCUAGCAAUUAGGACCAUCUGCAUAGUGGCCCACUAGACCAACAAUCCUAAUCAACGUACAUUUGCCUCAUGGAGAGAGUCAAUUAUGUCAAUUCACAUCUUGGGCUCUCACUGGCUUAUUAUAUGGUGUAGAAUCUAAGAUAGAUAGAACAUAUAUAGUCAAUAAGAGAGGAGGAUAAGAUAGAUGGAACACAAAUAGGCAAUAAUAGAGGAGGAUUAUCUUGUACAUGAUCUUGAGAUCCUUCUCUUUCCCUAAUUUAUUUUUUUUCUUGUGAUUUCCCUGUUAGGAACAAGGAAUGGCAGAAUUAGUUGUAUCAGGCCUUCUUCAAGUGAUUAUCGAAAGACUAGCCUCCCCAAUCCUAGAACAGUGUGAACUGUUGUGGGGUGUUCGCGAUGAGAUGGAAAAUCUAAGAAGUAAGUUAUCAACUAUACAAGCUGUGCUUGAAGAUGCAGAGGAGCAGCUGGUAAAGAGCAAGGCACUGCAGAAUUGGCUGGGAAAGCUUAAAUGUGUGGUUUAUGAUGCAGAUGAUGUAUUGGAUGAUUUCACAACAGAAAUGGAAGCAGAACCAAAAGUGGAAGCUAAACGCAAAAAAGUGGAGAUUAAGGAUUGCUUUAAGAAGGUAGGCACCUUUUUUUCGGCAUCUAACCCACUGGUGUCCCGUACAAAUAUGGCAGAUAAGAUAAAGGAGAUAGGGCGGAGAUGUGAUGCAAUUGCUGAAGAGAGGUCUAAAUUCCAUUUGAGAGAGGGAGAACGGGUGUUGGAGAUUGUACGCCGAGAACCAACUGACUCGUUUGUAAUUGAGUCAGAUGUUUAUGGAAGGGAGGAAGAUAAAAAACAGUUAAUGGAAUUACUGAUUAGUGAGGAGAAGGGAGAGGAUGUUACAGUCAUCCCCAUAGUCGGUAUGGGGGGCCUUGGGAAGACCACACUCGCUCAAUUUGCUUUCAAUAAUGAGAGGGCAGUGAAGCAUUUCGAGCUAAGAAUGUGGGUUUGUGUGUCGGAUGAUUUCAGUGUGAGUAGGGUAACAAAAGAUAUCAUAGAAUCAGCAACUAAUAGUAAAUGUGAUCUCCCAAACAUGGAACAACUGCAGCGUCACCUCCGAGAACUGCUGAGUGAGAAGAAGUUUUUACUUGUGUUGGAUGAUGUGUGGGAUGAAAAACCUAUGAACUGGGAUCGAUUGAAACAAUUCCUCAGAGGAGGUGCAAGGGGUAGUAAAAUCAUAGUAACUACCCGCAGUGAAACAGUUGCUUCAAUCAUGGGCACUAUCCCUUCACACCAGUUGCCAGUAUUAUCAGAAAAUGAUUGUUGGUCUCUAUUCAAGCAGCGGGCGUUUGGGCAUGGAAGACAAGAACAUCCAAACCUUGUAAUGCAUGGAAAGGAAAUUGUGAAGAAAUGUGGUGGGGUCCCAUUGGCUGCAAAGACGCUCGGAAGCUUGAUGCGCCUUAAAACAGAGGAAAGAGAGUGGUUGCUUGUCAGCCAAAGUGAAAUUUGGAACUUGCCCAAAGAAGAUAAUCACAUUUUACCAGCUCUAAAGUUGAGUUAUUAUCAUCUGCCAUCACAUUUGAAGCAAUGUUUUGCCUACUGCUCAAUAUUUCCAAAAGAUUAUAGAAUUGAAAAGAAGAAACUGAUCCGUCUUUGGAUGGCCGAAGGUUUCCUUCAAUCGUCAGAUGGAAUUAAACAAAUGGAAGACAUUGGUGGAGAGUAUUUUAAUAAUCUGUUGUGGCGGUCCUUUCAAGAUGUUCAGAAAGAUGAUGAUGGGAAUAUAGUAUGGUGCAAGAUGCAUGACCUCGUGCAUGAUCUUGCAAGCUCUGUUGCAGGGAAUGAAUGCUCAAUUCUGAAGGUCAAUAAUGCAGUGAAUAUCUCUAACAUGAGCCGGGCUCGUCGUUUGUCCUUGGAGUGCGAGUCUAAUAAUUGCGUCCUAACUGUCCAAAAUGGCUUGAGGACAGCAAACCAUUUGCGAACACUGCUUGUGCUUGGAAGAUCGAAGAAUGUCAGCAUUCCUUGUGAACUUUUGGUACAUUUUCUGUACUUGCGUGUGUUAGAUUUAAGUUAUACAAAUGUCACUAUGGAGUCGUUGGUUUCAAUUGGUGAGUUGAAACACUUGAGAUAUCUCGACCUGUCUGAAACUGAAAUACAAGCCCUUCCUGAAUCUAUCUGCAGUCUUCACCAUUUGCAAACCUUGAGCCUCUUGGGAUGUUAUAAACUAACAGAGUUACCCAUGGACAUUAGCAAAAUGACUAGUCUAAGACAUUUUGAAAUCUGUUCAUUUGCUAGAUUGACCCAUAUGCCAGCUAAUAUGGGAGAAUUGAAGUUCCUUCAGACGUUGCCAGUAUUCAUCAUUGGUAAGGAUAGUGGAUGUGGUAUAAGAGAGCUGCAGGGCCUAAACAUCAGAGGAAAUUUGAUUAUUCAAAACCUUGAGAAUGUGACGUGUGCAGCAGAUGCCCAGGUUGCCAACUUGAAGGAGAAGCCAAACCUUCAUAAGUUACACUUUUCAUGGGGUCAGAAUAUUGAUCUUCAGUUGGAAAGAAUUGUUGAGCAAACACUCGAAGGUCUCCAACCACAUCCAAAUCUCAAAAGGUUGGUGGUGGAAGGGUAUGUGGGUGUCAGAUUUCCACAAUGGAUGAGUAAUUCGUCGCUUUCGAAUCUGAUUGAAAUCUCACUGAUUAAUUGCAGAAGAUGCAAACAGCUCCCGUCACUUGGCCAAUUACCAUUCCUUAAGGUUCUUGAAGUAUAUGGAAUGGAUGCUGUGAAACGCAUUGACAACCAUUUCUAUGGCAAUGUUAUUACACAGGGAUUCCCGUCACUAGAAAAACUAACCAUCAAAGAUAUGCCUAAUUUAGAGGAGUGGUCAGGAUUCAACGGAAGAGAAGUAUUCCCCUGCCUCGAACAAUUACAUGUCGACAAAUGUGAUAAGCUGGUAUCAUUGCCAGAGUUACAAAACUCCACAUCUCUCCAUCGGCUGACGAUUGAAAAUUGCAAUAGUCUAACGUCCUUGAGAAUACAAGGCUUGAGCUCUCUUCAAAAUCUUGCCAUUCAGCAUUGUAAAAGCCUAACGAGUUUGAUAGGGGGGGUGCAACACCUCACUGCCUUAGAAUCGUUGAAUAUUGAUGAAUGUCCAGAGCUGGCUUCCAGCAGAUUGGAGAAGUUAACAUCUUUGUCGGAAUGGUUACGGCAUGCCAUAACGCUGCGACAGCUCAACAUCAGUAAUUGCGAAAGUCUAAUGGCUCUGCCGGAGGGGAUAGGAAACCUGUCCUCGCUUCAAUGGUUGGAGAUUGAGUAUUGUGAAAAAUUGGAGUGUUUGCCAUCCGGGCUGCAACUCCUAACAAACCUCCAGAAUCUAAUAAUCAGAGGAUUGCCAAGUCUAACGGCUCUGCCGGAGGGGAUAGGAAACCUGUCCUCGCUUCAAUAUUUGUGGAUUGGGGAUUGUGAAAAAUUAGAGUGUUUGCCAUCCGGGCUGCAACUCCUAACAAAUCUCCAACAUCUAACAAUCAUUGGCUGUCCACAAUUAAAAAAAGCGAUGCAAGAAGGAGAAAGGCGAGGAUUGGCACUACAUAGCACACAUCCCAAGAAUCCAAAUCCUAGAGCGGAGGUGAAGGGUGUAGACGUCUGUUGGGGGUUGAAGAGGAGAUAG